UCGUAGUUUAUUUGUGUUCCAGCAAUGUCACAACACAGAGUGCAAACCUUUGCGAGUUAAGAAGGGGCAGACGCACAGAUCAGGACAGAAAGAGAAGCCAGCAUGGGGUUUUCAGAUCUUUUGGAUGAAAUUGGUGGACUUGGACGCUUUCAGCUGAUCUACAUCAUGAUGCUAUCCGUCCCAGGCCUUCUGAUGGCCAGUCAGAAUUUACUCAAUAACUUCACAGCAGGAAUCCCGAAGCAUCACUGCACCAUCUCCAACAUGACGAUCACUCUGAACAUUUCCACAUCUGAGGAAGAUGAGCUCUCGCUUUUGAGAACCUUCAUUCCUGAGGAUCAGUCUCAGCUUUCCGAAUGCAGCAGGUUUGUUCAGCCCCAGUGGUAUCUGAGCAGCACAAACCUCAGUCAGUCUGCAAGUCUGAAUUUGACUGAAAUUGAGACAGAGAGCUGCAAGGAUGGAUGGACCUACAAGAGGACGGAGUUUAUCUCCACAAUCGUGUCUGAGUGGGAUCUUGUGUGCAGUCUCCGGCCACUCAAACAGAUGAGUCAGACCAUCUACAUGGGUGGAGUUCUCACAGGUGCCAUUAUUUUUGGAGGGCUUUCAGACAGGUUUGGGAGGAAGGUGAUACUCACCUGGUCAUAUUUUCAGCUGGCUGUUUUGGGGACAUUCACUGCUUUGUCUCCGUCGUACUUGGCCUACUGCAUCUUUCGCUUCCUCACCGGCAUGGCUGUGUCAGGGGUCAUCCUCAACACUAUGUCACUCAGGAUGGAAUGGGUCCCCACAAGGUCCCGCACCCUGGUGUCUUUUCUCUCCUCCGUGUUCUUCAUUUUUGGGCAGAUGCUUCUAGCAGGAAUAGCGUACAGUCUGAAGGACUGGAGGAAACUGCACGUGGCCGUCUGCUCGCCCUUCUUCAUCGUUUUCCUGUAUUGCUGGUGGAUCGCAGAGUCCGCGAGAUGGCUAGUGGUGAACGGUCGCUCAGAAGAAGCUCUGCAGCAGCUCCACCGUGUGGCCAGGAUCAACGGCAAACAGGAAAUGGUGGAGAAAAUCACACUGGAGGUGCUGCAGUCUCAUAUGAAGAAAGAGAUGCAGUCCAGUAAUAAAGUGUUCACAGUGUACGAUCUUCUGCGCACUCCCGUCAUUAGGAGGAUCUCUUUGUGCCUCGUAGCUGUCUGGUUCUCCACCAGUUUUGCAUAUUAUGGUCUGGCGAUGGACCUGCAGAAGUUCGGCGUUGACAUCUACCUGAUGCAGUUAAUAUUCGGGGCGGUGGAUUUUCCCGCAAGACUGUUGGCUCUUUUCAUGUUGAACUAUCUGGGUCGGCGUCUAACACAGGGCACAUGUCUGCUCGCCUCAGGCUUUGCCAUCUUCACCAACAUCUUCAUCUCUAAAGACCUGCAGAUCCUGAGAACAACCCUGGCUGUGCUGGGGAAAGGCUUCACCUCUGCAUCCUUCUCCUGUAUCUACCUGUACACUGGAGAACUUUAUCCUACGGUCAUCAGGCAGACUGGAAUGGGUUUUACCUCCACUAUGGCUCGUAUCGGCUCCAUGGCAGCUCCAGUGGUUCUUAUCCUUGAUGAGGUUUUCCCUGUUCUGCCCAGCUUAGUGUAUGGAGGCGCAGCUGUAAUCUCAGGAGUCACUGCGUUUCUGCUUCCUGAAACUCUGAACGUGCCGCUGCCCGACACCAUCGAGGACGUGGAGGAGAACUGGUCAAAGAAAACUCAUAGGAAUAAGGAGCAGGCCUAUAGCGAGACCUUGAUACUCGACACACUCGGACAAACCGCAGAGGAACGUGAGGAGCGACGAUCGAGUGGACUCGUUGCUCUCUAAGUGUUAUUCAGUCUGAUCCUACAUCCUUCUCCAUCCUUACUGUAGUGUAGACAAGAUAAAAAUAAACAGAAUUCAAACAUCA